AUGACAUCAUUAACAACUCUUAAGGUAGCUUAUAUUCCAGAACAUUUUUCCACGCCGCUUUUUUUCGCUGAAAAACAAGGCUACUACACUGAACAUGGCCUUGCAAUUGAGUUUGUUAAAGUUCCCGAAGGAAGUGGCCGUUUAAUCUAUCUACUCAACCAAGGUGAAGUUGACAUUGCUAUUGGUCUUACCGAGGCAUUUAUUGCUGAUAUUGCAAAGGGUAACGACAAGAUUAAGUUGCUUGAUACAUAUGUCAAGUCACCUUUGCUCUGGGCUGUUAGUACUGGUAUCAACAGAGACCAAAUCACAAGUCUUGAGAGUUUGUCUCAACAUGGUAAAAUUGGAAUUUCAAGAAUUGGCAGUGGCUCGUACGUGAUGAGUUUUGUACUUGCUCAUAAAUUGGGGAUGGAUAAAUUCGACGAGUUUGCCAUCUGUUCAAACUUUAAAAAUUUGAGAGACUCGGUGAAUGAAUCGCCACAACGCGAAAAAGAUAUCGAGACUAGUGAUGCGUUUAUGUGGGAAUACUUUACUAGUAAGAAAUAUUACGACUCGAGGGAAAUAAAACAGAUUGGUGAGAUUUAUACACCUUGGCCUUCGUGGGUGAUUACUGCAUCAACAAAGAGCGUUGAUGCCAAGGGAAAACAAAUUGGUGAUUUUAUUGCUGCCGUAAAUCAAGGUAUAGCAUACUUCAAUAACCAUAUCGACGAGGCUGUACAGUAUAUCGAUGCCAACUUGGAUUAUUCUGCUGAAGAUGCUCGAGAAUGGACUAAAACGGUGCAAUUUAAUGAACAGGUUGGGAAGCAGCCAUUGGACUGGCAAAAGAUUGUAGUAAAUACAAAGCAAGUUUUGCAACAAGCGGGGGUAUUGACAGAUAGCGACGAUGUGAUUGAUGCUAGAUUAAACCAACACGCUUACAAGAGCAAUAUCUAA